AUGGUAGUUGGUGAGGCCCGAGUGUCAGUGAAACUUGUUCUCCUGCAGCUCUGGCUUGGGGUGUCUCUGCCCCCUUCUGGCCUCUCCCAGGCUAGGCCCUCCCAACACCUCAGCUCCCCAGAAGUGGUGAUCCCCUUGAAGGUGACCAGCAGGGGCAGAGGUGUAAAGGCUCCAGGCUGGCUCUCCUACAGCAUUCAGUUUGGGGGAUGGACACAUAUUGUCCACAUGAGAGUCAAGAAGUUCUUGGUCUCCAGACACCUCUCGGUGUUCACCUACACGGACCAGCGUGCCCUCCAUGAGUAUCAGGCUUUUGUUCCUGACGACUGCUUCUAUCACGGUUAUGUGGAGGGGGUCUCCGAGUCCCUGGUUGCCCUCAGUACCUGUUCUGGGGGCUUUCAAGGAAUGCUACAGAUAAAUGACCUUGCUUAUGAAAUCGAGCCCAUCACACACUCUACUACAUUUGAACACUGGGUUUAUAAGAUCAACACCAGUGAGACACAAUUCCCACCUAUUAGAUGUGGCUUAACAAAGAAGGAAAUAGCACGCCAGCAGUUACAAUUUGAAGAGGCUAAGGAAACGACUCUGAGACAAAAUUCUACUGAUAACCGGUGGACCCACUCAUGGUUUCUGGAGCUGGUUGUCGUGGUAGAUCAAAAUUUCUUCACUUACUCCCAAAGUAACUUCUCAAUGGUGCAGGAGGAUGUAUUUCUUGUUGUCAACAUAGUGGAUUCCAUUUAUCAGCAGUUGGGCACUUAUGUGAUUUUGAUUGGGAUAGAGAUUUGGAAUCACGGAAAUGUUUUCCCAAUGGUAAGCAUAGAGCAGGUUCUGGAGGAUUUUGCUCAGUGGAAACACAUCAGUCUUUCCCGGCUACAGUAUGACGCUGCACAUAUUUUCAUUAAAAAUCCACUUAUAAGUACACUUGGGAUAGCCUACGUUGCCGGAAUAUGUCGUCCGCCUAUUGAUUGUGGAGUUAACAAUUUCCGAGGAGACCCCUGGUCUCUUUUUGCCCUCACCGUGGCCCAUGAGUUAGGUCAUACUUUGGGGAUGAGGCACGAUGAAGAAUUCUGUCUGUGUGGGCAAAGUGGUUGCAUCAUGAAUGCUGUCAGAGUGCCAGCAGAGAGCUUCACCAACUGUAGUUACGCAGAUUUUACAAAGACCACUUUAAACCAGGGGUGGUGUCUGCACACUCCUCCCAGUCUCGGGGAAGUCCUCACGCUGAAGCGCUGUGGGAACGGGGUGGUUGAAGGCGAAGAGGAAUGUGACUGUGGAUCUACAAAGCAGUGCGAACAAGAUCCCUGCUGUCUGUUGAGCUGCACUCUGAGGCCUGGCGCUGCCUGUGCUUUUGGGCUUUGUUGCAGAGACUGCAAGUUCAUGCCGUCGGGGGAGCUCUGUAGACAUCAGGUCAAUGAAUGUGACCUUCCAGAGUGGUGCAAUGGGACAUCCCAGCAGUGCCCAGAAGAUGGAUAUGUGCAGGAUGGGAUUCCCUGCAGUGACAACGCCUACUGCUAUCAAAAGAGAUGUAAUAACCAUGAUGAACAGUGCAGGGAGAUUUUUGGUGAAGGUGCACGGAGUGCAUCUCAGAAUUGCUAUAAAGAAAUCAACUCCCAGGGAAAUCGUUUUGGCCACUGUGGUAUAAAUGGCACGGCAUACCUAAAAUGCAAUACCUCAGAUACCUUUUGUGGGAGAGUUCAGUGUGAGAAUGUGGGAGACAUUCCCCAUCUGAGAGAUCACUCUUCUUUGCAGCACACUCACAUCAAUGGUGUCACGUGCUGGGGUGUCGGUUACCAUUUAGGGAUGCACACACCUCAGGUUGGUGAAGUGAAAGAUGGCACUGUGUGUGGUUCAAGAAAGAUCUGCAUACACAAGAAAUGUGUCAGUCUCUCUCUCCUGUCACAAGUCUGCCUGCCUGAGACCUGCAACAUGAAAGGGGUCUGCAAUAAUAAACAUCACUGCCACUGUGGCUAUGGGUGGUCCCCACCCUACUGCCUGCACAGAGGCUAUGGAGGUAGCGUUGACAGUGGCCCGGCACCUGCCAGAAGAGGAGUUUUCUUUCCACUAGUUAUAAUUCUCAGUUUGUCUAUUUUUCUUUUACUGUUGACAACUGCAUUUAUGUACCUUCAAAAACAUUUUGCUCUCUAG